CUUGCCCUCCCUACUAAAACCUCAGCGUCGCCCCCCCUGUUUCCUUGAAAACCUCAGCGUCGCCCCCCCUGUUUCCUUGAAAGCCCAUGUCCCCGUAACAGCUUACAUGGCGGCGAACGCCGCCUCGGUUCUCAACCGUCUGAUCCAAAACGCCGCCCGACCCAGAAAGCCUUUCAAACCCACCAACCAAUCCCCCACCGCCUCCAUCCUGCCCCACCUCGACUCCGGCGACCUCCCCCGCGCCAUCGCCGCCCUCGCCGCCUCCGCCGUCCCUUUCCCCGCCUCCGUCUACGCUCGCCUCCUCCAGCUUUGCUCCUCCCGCCGCGCCCUCGUCGAGGCCCGCCGCAUCGAGUCCCACCUCGUCGCCUUCUCCCCUUCCCCCUCCACCUUCCUCCUCAACCGCGCCAUCGAGACUUACGCCAACUGCGGCAGCCUGAGGGACGCCCGCGAGCUGUUCGACGAGAUGCCCAAGCGGGACGGCGGCACCUGGAACGCCAUCAUCGCCGCGUGCUCCCGCGCCGACCAGCCCGAGGAGGCGCUAUCCUUGUUCUCCCGCAUGAAUAGGUCCGGCAUUCGCCCGAAAGAUGUCACCUUGGCCUCCGUGCUCGGUUGCUGCGCCGACCUCUUGGCCCUCUUCCUUGCAAAGCAAAUCCACGGCCUAAUUCUGAAGCUUGGGUUCUGUUUGAACGUGAUUCUGGGCACCUCACUCGUCGACGUCUACGGGAAGUGCUGGGUGAUCGAUGAUGCAAGGAGGAUGUUUGAUUCCAUUGCGACCCCGAAUGCUGUUUCCUGGAAUGUCAUUGUCCGCCGCUACUUGGAGCGCUCAAGGAGGGAUGCCAGGUCCACGGAAUGGUCCUGAAGAUUGGUUUUGAAGGGGAUAAUGUUGUAAGGAAUUCGCUCAUGGAGACAUAUGCAAAGUGUGGUGUUCUUGAGGACGCUCGUAGGCUCUUUGAUCAGUCCACCUCAAAGGAUGUGGUCUCAUGGACUUCC